AAAUGAACUUCUCCAGAGAUUUUCCUAACGAAUUAUCCAUUUCAGGUUUCAGCCGUUGCUCCUCUCGCCGCGCCAUCGGCCAUCUUCAGACUCCACAAUGCUCUCCGCGUCCAAAUCUCUCCUAUCCCCGACCUCACUUCCCGCCAUGGCGAUACGGUCGCCCCUGCAUCUCCAAACCAGCUGCAGCCCCCCUUACUCGCGGUCACCGCAAUUCCGCUCCGUGGCGCGGGUCGCCCCCACUCUCCCCGCCGCUGCAACGGCCGUCUCAUCGCCGCCCUCUACCAGGAAGAAGGUUCUUGUGGCCAUCGCCAUGGGCACGGAGGAGAUGGAGGCGGUCAUCCUGGCCGGUGUCCUCCGGCGAGCCGGUGCCGACGUGACGCUGGCCUCCGUGGAGGACGGCCUCGAGGUGGAGGCCUCGUGUGGUACCCAUCUCAUCGCAGACAAGCUCAUUUCCGCUUGCGCCGACCAGGUGUUCGACCUUGUGGCUCUCCCGGGAGGAAUGCCUGGGUCAGUGCGGUUGAGAGACAACAAGAUCCUUCAGAGGAUCACAGUUAGACAGGCGGAGGAGAAAAGAUUGUAUGGUGCUAUAUGUGCUGCACCAGCUGUUGUUCUCAUGCCGUGGGGUCUUCACAGGGGGAGAAAGAUCACAAGCCACCCGUCCUUCAUAGGAGAUCUCCCAACAUUUCGAGCUGUUGAGUCAAAUGUUCAGGUUUCAGGAGAGCUCACGACUAGUCGUGGUCCAGGGACGGCAUUUCAAUUUGCUUUAUCAUUUGUCGAGCAAUUAUUCGGGGCUCAUGCAGCUGAAGAUAUGAACAGUACUUUGAUGACACAAAUUGAUGCUGAUCAUGAGAGAUGUACAGAAGUCAAUGAAGUCGAGUGGUCAUUAGAUCACAACCCCCAGGUUCUCAUUCCAAUUGCAAAUGGGUCAGAAGAGAUGGAGAUCAUAAUGUUGGUGGAUAUUUUAAGACGGGCAAACAUAAAUGUGGUGUUGGCAUCAGUUGAAAAAUCUACUAAUAUUGUUGGAUCUCAAAGGAUGAAGAUUGUUGCUGAUAAAAGCAUUCUGAGUGCUUUUGAGUCAAAAUAUGAUCUAAUCAUUCUGCCUGGAGGACCUGUUGGAGCUGAGCGGCUGCAGAAGUCCAAAAUUCUUCAGAAGUUUCUCGAGGAACAAAAGCAAGCAGGCAGGAUGUAUGGUGGAAUCUCUUUUUCUCCACUGAUUUUACAGAAGCAAGGGUUUCUUCAGGAUAAAACAGUAACAGCUCACUCUGACAUAGUUAAUCAGCUCACUUGUCAAGUUAUGGACCGAUCAAAGGUUGUGGUUGACGGAAAUUUGAUUACUGGGAAGGGGCUUGGGACAGCGAUCGAUUUUUCCCUGGCUAUUAUUAGAAAAUUCUUUGGCCACAGACGAGCCAAACUUGUGGCAACUGGAUUAGUUUUUGAGUACCCCAACAGCUAAAACACCUUAUAUUUCUGGUACUAUGUAAUGAUGUAGUGAAAGCAGAUACAUUUGGUUGUGCUAUUGCCUAUUGGGAUCUUGCAGCAGCUAAGCUUGAGACAAAAGGUCACCAUAACUCUUCUGGAGACAGCCAAAUACUUCUAUUGCUGCCUUGCUGGACUAAGAUGAUCCACCAUAUAUGUUGGGAGGGACCAAAUUUGCAUUGAAAGGUUAAGUUGGGUCAAUCAUCUCGACAUGAUCUGCUGUCGUAUAAAUGACACUGGUGGAUUGCUUAGUGGUAAGUUCUAUUUGAGUUUGAUGUUGAUAGACAUUAAUCGUUUUAGUUCUGGCAAAUGAGCUUUUUCUUGAA